AUGCCGAAUGAGGUUCUCCGCACAAUCGUCAAAUACGUCCUCGACUGGGAGGACAGGCCUUCCAUCAGUAUCAUGGCCCGCAUAAAAAGUCUUCCUCCCGAUGCCCAGGCAACGCCAAACAGCGAGCGCAAGAAGAACGUACGAUCACUGCUCCUCGCCAACCGCAAGCUUCACGAUGUGACUACGAGCAUUGUUGCCCAAGAUUCCAUUUGGUUCGCUGCCGACGUUCGGGAUCUUGAGUCCAUCGUCAAUCCUCUCUUUGACAAUUCGCUUCUCGUCUCUCUCCAACAGAUCCGCAAGCUUUUUAUUGCACGGCCCUCUAUCUCCCGUGGCUCGCCCUACAGACAGGCGAUGGCAGAAUUUGACUAUGCGCGGUCUGUAGGGCGAGCGCUUCGGAGAAUGCCCAACCUAGAGAUAUGCGUCGUCACGGAGAUGGGGGAUCCGUUCCCGGAUGAGGAGGAAUUACGCCAAUAA